UUCGAAUUCUAUUCGAAAAUAUGCGUUUAACUUCAUGCUUCAUAAACCGCCGUCAAAAGAAGUUUGGAUCUAUCCAGGCUGAUGAAUGAUUUUAUUUUCGUGUAAAAGCUUUUAGUUGAGGAUAUCAUCUGUCCAAAGAUGAUAACAUGCAUGGAUAACAGAAGUCACCAUGGGAGUACGAGGGAGUAGGAGUGUUUGAAUCCAUAAAUCAGACGCUCCGAUAUUACAUCUACAUUCGAUAAUGUUGAAUAGAUAUUGAAGAACACUGUGUUUGUUGUUUGAACUAUUAAACUGCUACAUAUGGUAACCUGGACAUAUAGACCAACCCUCGCUUAGGAAUUGCAAAUGUAUUCUCAUCUUAAAACCUGGAAUGACCUAGAAAGCAACAAUCGUCUCAUUGAUCUCAAUGAUCGCCCAGUUUCCCUGCUUAAAACAUCACGUGAUUCCCCACGUGGGAAUAACAAAUGUGCUAAAGUGUGACGAGUAACCUGACGAUAUAGAAAUAGAAGAGAGUUGCAUUAUAUAUUGUAUAUACACACUUUUUAUGGUGUACGUAUAGACGGAUGUUUGUGCAUUUAUUAUUGAAAAUGGAAUGUUAUUGAAAUGAAUCGAUUUCUAUUUUUGAUGGUUUGGUGUAAAUAUGAGAAAUUAUUGAGGAUUUAAUAACUCUUUUAGGUGUUUCAUCUACAAUUGUUUGAAAUCAAUUAUUUAGAUUUUCAUCAUUUUAAUUAAGAAACUUUUUCUCUUUAAUAUGUUGUAUUUUCGAAAUUGUUUUGUUGCAAACAUAGGCAAACUCUUUCUAAUGAGUAAAGUUUGAUUAGUAUAUAUAUAUACUCAUAUGUAACACCACAUGAUGGAGUUCUGCUUGGAUUGGUUACAUUCUCCAUCCUUGUUUGCCUUCUUACACAGCGACAUUAAUUUUAUUGUCAAUAAAAUAUUAAUUUUUCAUUUACCAUCAUGCUCAUUAGAAAGAGUUUGCCUAUUUUUGCCACAAAACAACUUCGAAAAUACACCUGGGCCGGCCCCUGUGGUUGUUUUACACGGGGACACUUAGAUUCACUGUGCACCUUAUUAAUACACACAUGAUCGUGAAUCAUAAUGGUGAAAACCCGUAUAAAACACUGUUCGUGCAGCGCUAUCAGCGCUUUGAUUCAUUUCGUUUUUAAAAAACAUAUGUGUAUUUUUAAAAAGUAAAUGGCUUUAACUAAUAUUUAUAAAUAUCACAUUGAAAUAGCCUCGUAAACCGAUUUUUAGGAUUAAAAAGGAUUAUACUAUCCCAGACGAAGCUUGUUAUAAAUAGCACCGAUAUCAUGGACGAAAAAGACCCAAGCGCUCUUAGUUUAAACCUGAAUCAUCGAUUUCUUGUCAUUGGUGACGUAAUCCUUGACGUAAACAAAUUUGGCGACAUUCCUCAGGUUGCUAACGAGGCGCCGGUUCCCAUUUUCGUCGAAACCAAAAGUGACGUCAGACUUGGAGGUGCGGCUAAUGUUGUACACAACCUCUCAGCCUUCCAUUGUGAGGCGGACCUUCUCACAGCAAUUGGGGAAGAGGAUGUGGUGGUCGCGCAAGAGCUUGAACGACGCGAAUUAUCGACCGACGGACUGGUUGCGAUUCCUGGAUAUUCGACCCUCCGAGCCAACAGAUUCUUCUGCGGCACUCAGAUCGUCUUCCGCCAUGAUGAGCUUAAGAAUGUAGAGAUAACACCAGAUAUCGAGCAGCGAUUGUUGUCUGUGUUUCAAAAAUUGUUCCAGGAAAGAAAAUACAGCGCGAUUGUCUUAGCAGAGUAUCGCCUUAAUACAAAGCUAUCCAUAUUAACCAAAACAGUUGUCGACCAUAUCAUAAGGGAAGCUAGGAAGAAAAAUAUUUUGACAAUCGUUGACCCUAAAAGGGGUGAUUAUAAUAUCUUCAAAGGGGCGACUCUUGUUAAGGCCAACAGGGCCGAUGUUCGACAUUUCCUUGGUAUUUAUCCAGAAACGGAAUGUGAAGUAGAACAAGUGAGUAAGGAAUUUGUGAAGCAGUUGGAUCUCAAGAUGUCCAUAGUUACUCUAGCAGCCGACGGAAUGGCAUUUUAUUACCAGGAGACCGAGCGUUUUCAAAUGAUCCCUCAUGCGGAACGCACGCGCGCCACGGAUGCAACUGGAGCUGGUGACACAGUGUCUGCGGUCCUCGCGAUCUGUCUGAUAAACGGCUGGCCACUUCCAUCAAUCUGCCGCUUGGCAAACAGAUGCGCCGCAAACGCAGCCAGUAACGUUGGUACCACUAUUGUUUCCGUUAUUGACGUCAUCGGUAACAAAGUCGUCUCGUCAGUAGCUGAACUUGCAAACCUAAAAAGGCUUCUUCCUAAAGAUUGUAAGAUCAUUACAACCUCCGGCUGUUUUGAUCUCUUCCAUUAUGGACAUAUAGAGUUUCUGAUGAAAGCUAAAGAAUGCGGAGAUAUUCUUAUCGUGGCUUUAAAUACUGACGAAUCAGUGAGAAUGCUCAAAGGUGAAACACGCCCCGUCUGUCCUCUUUCGGACCGCCUUGCGCACCUUGUGGAGAGCCGCUAUGUAGACUUCAUUGUCCCUUUUUCCGAGGAAACCCCAAGCUGGAUCCUUCAAAUGCUUGAGCCGGAUGUGCACGUGAAAGGAGCCGACUAUUCUGAAGCAGAUGCGAGACGUAGACACCCCUACAUCCGGGAAUUCCGGUCGUUGGAGGCGGGCGGCGGUCGUAGCACCACAAAGCUUAUUAGCAGAAUUAAACAGAUAUAGAUGAUCAAUAUUUGUGUGUAAACGAUAAUUAUAAUAAUGAUAAUAGUAGGCAUAAAUAAACACUAUAUAACAAUAAA